UACAGCGUACGAUCAUGCGAGAAAAGCGCGGUGUUUUCAGAAAAAUCGUACGGUAAUUAAUUAGCCGAGAGCAGCGCAGCCGGCGCGUGCGAACGAGAUAGCAGCACAUUUAAUCACGCUGACAGCCAGCUGUCCUGCAAGUGUGUGGGUGGUACACACAACACGCACACAGCACACACACAACUGCGCAGCCGUCGCCUGAACGCAAACGCAAAAUCGAAUCAGAAAUUGCCGUCGCCAAAAUCGCGCGCUUCGUGUUUGCUCGUCAAAAGCAGCGCAGCUUCCAAUCGCUGCACUUCCCGUCCGCGUCCGUCGCUUCAGUCUUUUUUUUUUCUUUCAUCCGUAUCAAUCAGCGGCGGCAGAGCGGCAGCGCAUCGUUGUUGUUUGUCAGUUUGACAGCAGCGGCAGCGCAGCGACAGAGCGGCAGAGCAGCCGAGGUAGAGGCAGAGGCUAGUGACGAAAGAACCCGGCCAGCAGAAUUCAUUCGCCUUUGGACGUUCAUUCGCUUUUGAACGUUCAUUCGAGUAACGACGGAAUCCGGAUGAAAGACAGACGCACGCACAUCGCGAAACGCGUGUUCCGCCAGAAUAUUGAAAUACUAUACUUAGUGUGAUACGAUACGAGUAUUUUCCAAGGAGCCGCCAUCAUAUCUAGUCAAAGGAAAGUUAAAUAAGAGAAAAUCAAGGAAAACCACUGGAACAAGAAAAGAAUCGAACGAAAAUGCUCGAUCAAGACUGAUAAUAAUUGAACACACACGAGUAAAGCAACUACAAAUGGUUCAACAAAGUAUACGUAAAACAACCACAAAUUCAAAUAUAUACCACAAAUAUAUAUAUUUAUUAACUUAAACCUAAAGAUAAACUAUUACAAAUAUUUAUAUAUUUAAACGGUAUUUUGCUCACCAAAAUUACACUUACAUACAUUAUGUAAAAGCAGUUACUUAAAUCAACAAACCUAACGAAGUAUACGAUUCAAUGCAAUUAUUAAAUUAAAUUUAAACCCACACAUACACAAAAUACAAAUACAAAUACAACAAAUUACAAAUACAAAUUACAAACGCCUCGAAACAAAAACAAAAAAAGACAAAAAUAUUUAAACGUCAUUUUUGUCUGCCAUACGAAAAUUUAUAAAUCUAAAAUAAACACAAAUUAAACAAAGUUAUACGCAAGUUCUAUACGACAACGUACCAAGUGCAAAACUAAAAACAAAAAACAAAACAAAAUCUAAAAACCAAACAUAAACAAAUUUUAUGAAUAUUGUGUCAAACUAAAGUUAAGUUCCAAAACCCAAUCGAAACGCCAGCAAACUCGCCGUUUGCCCCAAAAAUUCAAAACCAACACAGUUUUCAAAAAUCGUCAAAGAUUCAGCAAAAUUUAAACAUGUUGCACGAGGCUCUGAUGCUCGAGAUCUACAGACAGGCCCUAAAUGCCGGAGCACUGCCCACAGCUCGUCCGCGUUCCACGGAGUCGGCGAAUUCCAGCGAGGGCUGCCCCUCGCACGACUCCAACUCCUCGGACAAUGGAGGUGGUGGAGCUGGCAGCGGCGGAGUGGGUCAUCGGAUGGAUGCCGCCACCUUGUCCGCCGGGGUGAUGCCCGGCGUGGUGCCCACCACCCUGCACUCGACAUUCCCGGCGGUGCCACAGUCCCUGCCCGCCCAGCCGCCCUCGAUGGAGGCGUACCUGCACAUGGUGGCGGCGGCAGCCCAACAGUAUGGGUUCCCCUUGGCCGCUGCAGCAGCAGCGGGGGCGGGGCCACGCCUGCCACUCCCACUGGCAAAUGAGGCGGCGGCUCCGUUCAAACUUCCCCCCCAGGCUUCGCCCACGGCGUCCAGUAAUAACUCAGAGGCUCUGGAUUUCCGCACCAAUCUGUACGGGCGGGCGGAAUCGGCGGAGCCACCUGCCUCCGAGGGCGAGGAGGAGGACUUCGAUGACGGUGCCAACAACCCCCUCGAUCUCUCCGUGGGCACCCGGAAGCGUGGCCACGAAUCGGAGCCUCAACUGGGCCACAUCCAGGUCAAGAAGAUGUUCAAGUCGGAAAGCCCGCCCGCGAAUCCCGUGGCCUCGCCCUCAGCCAGCCAACUAUUGCCAGGAGUCAAUCCAUAUCUCGCGGCCGUGGCAGCUGCCAAUAUCUUUCGAGCGGGCCAGUUCCCCGACUGGAAUGGCAAGAGCGACUUGGUGGUCGAUCCCCUCGAGAAAAUGUCCGAUAUUGUGAAGGGAGGAGCGAGUGGAAUGGGCGGCAAGGAGAAAAUGCACUCGUCCAAGGCCACGCCACCGCAGGCGGCAGCCCAGCCGCCGAAGAGUCCGGUUCAACCGCCACCCAACCAGAGUUCCGAGUCCGGAGGAGGAUCGGGAGGCAGUGGAGCGAGUGGUGGUGGGGUGACCAAGGCCAGGCACAAUAUCUGGCAGUCACACUGGCAGAACAAGGGAGUGGCCAGCUCGGUGUUCAGGUGUGUGUGGUGCAAGCAGAGUUUCCCCACUCUGGAGGCCCUCACCACCCAUAUGAAAGACAGCAAGCACUGCGGGGUGAAUGUACCACCCUUUGGCAACCUGCCCAGCAAUAACCCCCAGCCCCAGCACCACCAUCCAGCUCCUCCGCCACCGCCGCAGAACCACAACCUCCGUAAACACGGCUCAGGCAGUGGCUCCAACCACUCUCCUUCGGCCAAUGUCAAGAAUGCCUUUCAGUAUCGCGGAGAUCCACCCACGCCGCUGCCCAGGAAGCUGGUUCGAGGCCAGAAUGUCUGGCUGGGCAAGGGUGUGGAACAGGCCAUGCAGAUCCUUAAGUGCAUGCGCUGCGGAGAGAGUUUCCGAUCCCUGGGCGAGAUGACCAAGCACAUGCAGGAGACCCAGCACUACACGAACAUCCUGUCCCAGGAGCAGAGCAUCUCCAUUAAAUCAGCGAAUGCCAAUGCCAACGCAGAUGCCAAGGAGAGUCAUAACAGUCUGAGCUCCGAGGAAAGUCGCACCCUCAGUGCUGUCCUCACCUGCAAGGUGUGCGACAAGGCCUUCAGUUCCUUGGGGGAUCUGAGCAACCACAUGGCCAAGAACAACCACUACGCGGAGCCGCUCCUUCAGUCCGCAGGAGCUCGCAAGCGGCCAGCUCCCAAGAAGCGCGAGAAAUCGCUGCCAGUAAGGAAGCUUCUGGAGAUGAAGGGAGGAGCAGGAAACCAGGAUGAUCUGGCCAACGAGAAGUCCGCGGUGCAGGGAAAACCCGGUCUGGGCCCAGGUGGAGGGGAUAAGAACGAUGCCGCUCUCUUUGCCGAGCGCAUGCGGCAGUACAUUACCGGGGUGAAGUCGCCCGAAGAAAUGGCCAAAGUGGCUGCUGCUCAACUCCUGGCCAAGAACAAGUCGCCAGAGUUGGUGGAGCAGAAGAAUGGGAGUGCCAAGGCCCCGGGAGCCUCCUCCGUGCUCAGUGCCAUCGAGCAGAUGUUCACCACCAGCUUCGAUACUCCUCCAAGACACGCCAGCUUGCCAGCUAGUAGUCCCUCCAACUCAUCCACCAAAAACACCUCGCCAGUGGCCUCCAGCAUACUGAAACGCCUGGGAAUCGACGAAACCGUCGACUACAACAAGCCCCUGAUCGAUACCAAUGACCCGUACUACCAGCACUAUAGAUACACCAGCAGCGAGAGGAGUGGCAGCGAGUGCAGUGCGGAGGCCAAACCGAGGCUGGAUGCCCCGACUCCGGAGAAGCAGCAGCAAACAGGGGGAGGACAUGAGGAGGAACCCUCCAAACCAGCCAUCAAGCAGGAGCGGGAUGUGGAGUCGGAGCCCAUUAAAAUGGAGAUCAAGUCUGAGCUUGCGGAUGAGCACAACGAAGCCGAGGAGUCCUCCAAAAUGGAGACGGCCUUGGUGAAUGGCAGUGCCACGAACAAUAACAAUAACAAUAACAAUGUGGAAAGGAGUUCCCCCAAGACACCCUCAUCGGCAGCCAGUCCUCAGACCAGGCUGCUGCCUCCCAGAAGUCCUGCCGAGAGUCAGAGAUCAGUCACACCAAAGUCACCCGCCUCUAGCCACAAGUCCUACGACGGGAGUUCCGAGGGCAACAAGAAGUAUCCCAGUGACUCGCUCAACGCCCUGUCCUCCAUGUUCGAUUCCCUGGGCAGCAGCGGAGCUGGGGCUGCCAAUACCAGAGCCAAGCUGGCAGCCGCCGCUGCCGCCGGUGGAUCAGAGUCCCCGGAGAACCUCAGCUCCGGCGGCAACUCGCUGGCGGCUCUGCGGCAAUUCUGCGUGAAGAAGGAGAAGACCGCCUAAGUCCGCGUGCCGAGACGAAAAGCGAAACCGAAUCGUUUGCCUUGUUUUCGUUGUUUCGAACAAAACGCAUUUUCAACAUUUUUUGGUUUGCCAGUGCCUCGCCUCCGCCUCCGC